GGUUAAAAAACACCAAUUAACCGAAAUAGCUAGAGUAAUAGCCAAACCGGCUACAAAUUUGCCGGCUGACGCACUCCGAAAACAGCCAGAUCUGGCUAUAAAACGGCUGACUGGGCAACACAUCGAGCGGCAGGCUGCUUCCUGGAAAUUCCUUUGAUAUUAAAUUUUUGAUUUUCAAGCAUUUUGCAAGGAAUGAAUUUAGGCGACUGCGUGAACAACUUUAUAUACCUGACGGGCAGCGAGGAUUACGCGCUUAACCUGGCAAAGCUAUGCGAACGCUUUGUCCUGAAGGAAAAGCGCGUUUUCCUGAUCACCAGUCGCCAGCGGGAGAUGGCCAAGCGUUUUGCCCUGAACUCGCAGAGCUGCACCAAGUACUUGGUCAUUCUGCAGGUGCAGGACGUUGAGAGCACCCCGAAUCGCUUGCUGGAGCUGCAGGACAGUGCCGAGACCCUGCGGCAUCCAGAUUUGAUCGUAUUCGACCUGCAGUCCCUGGUCCUGGAGGCCCUCCUGCGUCCCGUGAUGCAGCAGUGCUCCACGGACCAGAUGGUGCGCCACAUCGCCAAGUGCUCGGCCUCCUUUGUCAACUACCGCGAAAUCCUGGCCAGCUCGGAGCUGCGGAAGGCGGCCAGGGCCAUCGACACCAUUGUGGUCAUGUCGCAGGAGCCGUAUCCCAUGUCGCCGGCCCAGUUCAAGCUGCUCAUCGGCCUCUACUUCCACGGCAACGAGUGCCACACGAACUUUGCCCAGCUCUCGUCGAGGAUUCUGGUGUCCCACGGAUUCGACUAGUCUUAGUCGUGGGACACUCGUUUGCCACCACCAGCGUGCCUUACAGAGCUCGAAACCAAGUAUUCCCUUUUCCGAGAUCCUCAGUACGACGAUCUUUGUUACCUACUAAAAUUCGGUUGUACGCUCGCGCAUUUAGUCCAUAAGUUAGUUAACAACCUGCCCGGCAAGUAUCUGCCGGGCUUCGAAGACAUUGAAACACCUUCGCGUAGAAAUUGACGAAUAUUUAAGUUAAGUUAUUAACAAGCAGGGGUUGGAUCUGCAGUUCCACUGAAAAGACUUCAAUGUUAUGAAAAUCUCCAAAAAAGAGAUACCCUACGGAAUUGUUGUUAGGCUAAAGCACAGGCACAAGCAAUUGUAACAUGUUGGAAGAUGUUGUACCCUUGUUAUAUGGAAAUAUAAUACUGCGAUAGUGCGAGUCUUUCGACAGAUCUAGCGAAACACUAAGCGGUGGAAAUAUUCCCUUACAUGGCAUCCAUGCAAAUCGUUAUACGAAAACCAAGCAAUCGAGUGCUCGAUUAAAUAUAGACUUUAUUUAGGUAUACUAUUUAUUCUAAACAGGUUUACAACUACAAAAAAAAGCAGGUAAUCUUUAAAUAUAAUACACAUACACAUAACAAUAAUAUUUAUUAUGCUACGAAAAAUCUCAGUUUAAGUAAAUAGUGUAAAAAAAAUUUGGAAUUCAGAAAUGAAUAAAUACAUAAAUGCAGGUAAUAUUA